AUGGAGACAUGGAAGUAUGACUUACUUCUCCGAGUCUUCCGCAACAUCAUACCAUUUCUUACAGGCAAGAUUAGCUCUAUAGAGCUUUUAUACGCCGACGAUGGGUUAAAGGACUUGUACAGCGGAAUUCAACAGACUUUCGACUGCUCCUCGCUUUUCCCAACACUAGGAUACACGGCCCCGGGGAUGAAGGUACUCGAGAUUGGGAGUGGGACCGGAGGCUUCACGGAGCAUGGUCUCAAAUCACUGAGCUGCUCAUCCGGAACUUAUCUAUAUUCAAAAUAUACCUACACAGAUAUAUCUCCGGGAUUCUUCCCUGCCGCCCAAGAACGAUUCCGUGAUUUCCCAAACCUUGAAUUCUUGCCUCUGGACAUAAGUCAGGAUCCUCUCUCCCAAGGAUUUGCUGCAGAUGAGUAUGAUGUGAUCACAGCGUCAAACGUUUUACACGCAACGCCCUCGUUAUCAGAGACACUGAGAAACGUCUACAAACUUUUAAAGCCAGGUGGAAAGCUGCUCAUCGUAGAGCUCUGCCCAGUGAUGCGUUAUAUUAAUUACGUCAUGGGCACCUUUCCGGGCUGGUGGGUAGGAGAGAAUGACAACCGUGCUCAAGAGCCUUAUGUUACUCCAGAAAGAUGGGAUCGAGAGCUGAGGAACACUGGAUUCACUGGCACAGAUAUAGUGGUCUAUGAUCAGGACAGACCAUUCUAUUCAAGUGCAAUCAUCACUGCAACGAAGAUGCAGCAACCUAAUAUCGCACCCGAGAUUAAGGUUCUGUGUCUCGGCAAAGAAGGUAACAUGGUGCAGAGGGUCAAAGACCGGUUUUCGCGAGCUGGGUACACCAUCCAACUGUCAGAGUUGAAUCAGACAGAGCACGUACCAAGCAAGAAACCAAUCAUCUCACUUAUAGAUAUUGAAGAUGCAUUUUUUGACGAUAUGGAUCUUUGGGUAACGCGGACUGUUCAAAUGAGCUGCUCAGACCCUCGGUAUGCUCUUGGUCUCGGUAUUGCUCGCACGGUGAGAAACGAACUUGGAAUAGAUCUAGCUACACUUGAGGCAGACACUUUCGAUGAUGGUUUUCUAGAGGCACUGCUACUGGUGUAUACAAAGACACUGGCGGCUAAAGAUCAUACUAAGGAAGCCAGGGAGUUCGAGUUUGCCUACCAAGACGGCAAAACCCACAUUAGCCGUUAUCAUCCAUCAGACGCGUCCGAAUGCCAUUCAGAAAACCGAAGGUCCAAGGAUAUCAGAAAAUUAUCAAUUGGAGUCCCUGGCGAUUUGAGCACUCUGCACUGGGCGUCUGACUGGCGCAAGGAGCCACAAGGAGCUGAUGUAUUAGUGGAUAUCCAUUAUAGUGCGCUUAAUUUCAAGGAUGUUUUAGAAGCUCUGGGAACCUUUGGAGAAAAUGUCGAAGUAGGCUUUGAGGCAUCUGGCAUUAUCCGGUAG